AUGGCUGACUCCAAGCUCACAUCAUCUGAAUCGUCUGCAACGACUCUCCCAACGCCGCCGCCGCCGCCGCCGCCGACAUCUGGGACGGGAAUCAACUCUUCACCCGAUAAUGAAACCGCAUUCGAUCGCUGGAAUCGGAAGCUGCGGAUGACUACUGGACUCGGGCUGCAAUCGAGCGAGGAAAGACAGGGAUGGCUCCUGAGUCGUUGUCGGGGUUGGAAAGAUGAUUUGGUAGAGACCAGCCCAGUGGUUCGAUACCUCUUGCAGCACAUUUCGACCUUGCCUGUCCCGGAUUCGCAACCGUCGUCCGGCGAAACCUCUCAACCGUCUGCCUCGAUAUCACUGCCAAUCAAUUGUGGGAUUUGUAGUCCAGUCCGGUCUGCCGGUCUGUUUUCACCCAACGAAUUGAAUCCUUCAACCCCGACUGGAGGUCAGAUCAAACUAUGUGCAGAAUCGCUCGCCUCAAAAGGUCAUCUCGAGGAUGUCUUGUCUCAUGAAUUAAUUCAUGCAUACGACCAUAGACGAUUCGCCAUUGAUUGGACGAAUUUGCGGCAUAUAGCAUGUACUGAAAUCCGUGCCAACGCCCUAUCAGGGGACUGCAAAUGGACUCGAGAGGUCGAUCGACACAACUUUAACUUUGCAAGACAGCGUCAGAUCUGUGCACGACGGCGAGCCAUUCUCUCAGUUGCUCAACACAUAUCAGCGGGAUCACCACAGCCUGGUAAUGGGGAUGAGACUAGCUCUUCGGCGGCACUGGCGUCUAAACAGGCAGAGGAAGUGGUCGACCAGGUUUGGAGUAGUUGUUGGAACGACACUCGCCCAUUCGACGAGAUAUACUAG